CAUAUUCAUACGCAUAUAUAACACAGACACACAUUCAUUCUCCCUCUGUUUUUUUUGUUAAAGUUUCUGCCUUUUCCUUUAACUCAAGUUUUCUUGAUUCCUACCCACAAAAUUUCCCCAGCUGCAGCAUUACAAUUUAGCAAGGAGUUAUUUUGGAGGUCAAUCUUGACUUUAAGUGAAUAUUGAUUAUUAUCCGACGGGGUGAGACGAUGAACGAAUGAACGAUGAAAAUGGGGAUGUGAAGAUUGGUUAUUAGAGCCCAUGAUAAGGUAUUGCAAUGGGGUCCCUAAACAUGGAGAAGAAAUGGGUGUUUCCUCUAGUUAUAAGCUCUCUCAUAUGCGUGUUCCUUUUAGCAACUUCCUUCAACAUGGGUCUUAUUUCUUCAUUGCAUACUAUUAAUCGAAUAUUUAACAUUUUUCCGUCGAGAGGGAACCUAUCCUCCGAAGCUUAUGCGGAAACGAAAAUUGCGCAAUCUCAACCUCAACCACCUCAGAAUCCUGGACUUCCGAGAUUUGCUUACUUGAUUUCUGGGUCUAAAGGUGAUUUGGAUAAGCUUUGGAGGACUCUUCAUGCGCUUUACCAUCCGAGGAAUCAAUAUGUUGUUCAUUUAGAUUUGGAGUCUCCGGCAGAGGAAAGACUAGAGCUUGCUUCUCGAGUGGAAAAACAUCCUCUGUUUACCACGGUUGGGAAUGUGCACAUGAUCAACAAAGCUAAUAUGGUUACCUAUAGAGGACCAACAAUGGUUGCCAAUACGCUUCACGCUUGUGCUAUUCUUCUAAAGCAAAGUAAGGAGUGGGAUUGGUUUAUCAACCUCAGUGCUUCCGAUUAUCCUCUUAUAACUCAAGAUGAUCUUCUUGAUACGUUUUCAACCAUAAAUAGAAAUUUGAAUUUUAUCGAGCAUUCAAGUCAGUUGGGUUGGAAAGAGGAUAAACGUGCAAUGCCAUUGAUUGUAGAUCCGGGGCUCUACUCAACAACAAAGACAGAUAUAUACUGGGCCACUCCACGUAGAACUUUGCCAACGACAUUCAAAUUAUUUACUGGUUCGGCAUGGAUGAUUCUCACUCGUUCGUUUGUAGAGUAUUUAAUUUGGGGUUGGGAUAACUUACCGAGAAUUUUACUCAUGUACUACACAAACUUCAUCUCAUCUCCAGAAGGCUAUUUUCACACUGUGAUAUGCAAUGUGCCUGAAUAUGCUCAGACGGCUGUCAACCAUGAUUUGCACUACAUUUCUUGGGACAAUCCCCCAAGGCAGCACCCGCACACACUUUCCAUUAACGACACUCAGAAAAUGAUCGACAGCGGUGCUGCAUUCGCUAGAAAAUUCAGACACAACGAUCCUGUCUUGGAUAAGAUCGAUAAUGAUCUACUCCGUCGCAAGGAAGGGAGCUUUACUCCUGGUGGGUGGUGUUCUAAUUCCGAAUGUUUAAAGGUUGGGGACCCAGAUAAAAUUAAACCGAGUCCAGGAGCUGACAGAUUUAAACGCCUCAUAGCUAGGGUAGCUUUGUCAUCGCAGCGGAAACAAAACCAAUGUAAAUAGAUUUAUCAUUGUUCUUUCUUCGCAGAUGGUACCAUAUUGGAAGAUGCUCAUAAUUUUGAUGCCAGGGUUGCAUUCUUCUCCGGAUCGAAGGUAUGCUGAUAUCGAUACGAUCGAUUAUUGCAAUGAUCAUAAUUUAGAAUAGCACAAAUUCUCCUUUUUUUUUUGUAGGUUCUAUUCUAUAAGAUCUACUGAACUUCCAUAUCUUACAUUUUUUUCAGAUAACAGUAUACGCCACUUCUGUAUUUUCCUUUCAAUUUUUUCAGUAUGGGAAUAAUUAGAACAUUAUCGUUUGCUCACUCAA